AUGAUUCAAGAUAAAGUAAUUGAAAAUUAUUCAAAUGGUAUUGAAAGAAUAUCAAAAAAAUCUUUUCCAGAUUAUAUCGAUUAUAAAAUUAUAAAAUCAAUAAUUGAUUUUUUAUUAAUUCCAAGAAAAAGAUUUUAUGAUAUUCAAUAUUUUUGUGAAAAUGAAGUUGAUAAUAAAAAUAAUAAUAAUAAUAAUAAUAAUAAUAAUAAAAAUAAUUCUUUAAAAUUGAAAAAUAAUUAUAAUAAUAAUAAUAAUAUUAAUAAUAAUAGUAAUAUUAUAUUCGAAGAAUAUUUAGUAAAUAAUUAUAAAUUAUUUAUUGAUGAAAUUAUUGAUUAUUCAUUAGUAUCAAAGAAAUGGAAUAAAUAUAUUUCAACAUUAAUUUCAAAUUCAAUUGUUGAUAAUAAUUUAAUAGAAUAUUGGUUUACACCAGAAAGGAUAAAGAAAUUAUUUGUUACCAAUAAACUUAAUAAAUCAUUUUCAUUAGAAAUAAAUAAAAAACAUUCAAUAAUAAAAAUAGAAAAGAAAAUAGUAAUUGAUUAUUUUAAUAAAAAAGUUUUAAUGAUUAAUCAAUGUGAAUUCAUUAAAUUAAAUAAAAGACAAAUUGAUGGAAUUAAAUUAAAAUUUAAUAAAAUCGUAAUAGAAUUAUUUGGUAAUGAAAUUGUUUAUAAAUAUAUGAAUCAAGCAAGUAAUUUUGAAAAUGGGAAUAACGACUUCAAGAUGGAAUUAAAUAUAAAUAAUUUCUCAUUGGAUGAAAAUGAAUUUAUUGGAUUUGGUGUUGAUACUAAAAUUGUGAAUAUAAAUAAAAUUCAAUUAUUUGGUGCAAAUGAAUUACAAAUUCUAGAUUUUAUUAGAUAUUUACAACCAAAACAUUUAACCUAUGAUCCAAAUGGUUGCUACAGUCAAGAUUCAUAUUACCAUAUGGACUAUUCACCAUUAUUUAAUCCAGAAAUAAUUGGUGACAGAAUUGAGUCAAUUAAAGUCAUCGGCUACUCUGAUCAUGUUGAACCAUACUGUUUGAAGACUAUAAAUAAAUUAAGAAAUUUACACACACUUUCUAUACCAAUCCUAUGCCAUGACCUUAUUAAGCUCCUAAGUGAUAUAGAUCUUGGUGAAAAUGGGUGCGACUACCAUUACGGCCCAUUAGAGAAAACCAAUAACUUGAAGGAAGACUGGGACCAAAUGAUAGAUUCGGUUUUAACUUGUAAAUCAUUAAGAAAUUUAACAUUGUCAAACUUUUGUUCCGAUGGUGAAUUUUGCUUAAAAUGCGAUGAUGAACAUUCUGAAAAAAUCAUUAAUUCAAAGAAACAAUUAUCAGAUGGAAUCAAGAAAUUGUUAAAAAGCGACUACCUUUAUUAUUUAAAAUUGGAUGAUAUCGAUUUCGUUGAAGAGUCUACAUUUUCACCACUAUUAGAGAACUUUUCAUUAAAAGUUUUGGUUUUAAAAUUUAGAUGUAUAAAUCAUACAAUGCAUGAAGAAACUUAUCUAAAUCAUUGUAAAAUCAUUCAAUUCAUUCUAUCAAAUCAAAUCAAUAUCAAUCAUUUGAAAAUUUCAUUAAUUGAUGGUUUAGGCUCAAAGAAUUCUCAAUUUGAUACAAAAUUAAUCUCUUUAAUCUUUAACACUCUAUUAAAUCAACAAAAGAAUAAUAUUAAAACAAAUUUAUAUUCAAUUGGUUUAGUAAUUCAAAAAGAACAAUUUGAUCAAGUUUUCAAUUAUUUUAAAUUAUUUUCUGAUUCAACUUUUAAAACAACACCAAUUAUUAAAGAAUAUUAUCUAUCAUUCACUUAUCCUGUUGAUAAUGAAUAUAUUAAUUCUUUAAAAGAUAAAAUUAAAAAUAUUGAUUGUAAAAAAGGAAUAGUUAUUAAUAUAAAUAAAUAA